AUGAUGCUUGAAGUCGACAACACCCCAUCUGUGACAGGAUCAGACUUUUCACAAGCCAGUUAUAGAACUAACAACUCUUCAGUUCAAGAUUUCUAUCCUGAUAAAAAUUUUCAGAAUCAAUAUAAGUAUCAGCCACAAUUAGCAGAUGAUGAAGAAGAGGAAGAAGAAAGUGAAAGUGAAGAAAGUGACGAUAGUGAAGAGUCAGAAGAAGAUGAAGACGAAGAUGAAGAGUAUCAAGAUCAAUGGAGACAAUAUUACCAACAAAUGUAUCGUAAUUCCAUGUAUAUGAAUUGGAUGAUGCAGAUGAACCAAAUGAACAUGAACGGUAUGAAUGGUAUGGGUAUGAAUGGAAUGAAUGGAAUGAAUGGAAUGGGUAUGAAUGGUAUGAAUGGUAUGAAUAUGCCUAUGAUGAAUAUGAACGGUAUGAAUAGCAUGAAUAAGGUCAAUGAUAUGGGAAUGAACCGUAUGAGUAUGAAUGGUAUGAAUAUGAAUAUGAACGUGAACGGCAUGAAUAUGAAUGGCAUGAACAAUGACAUGAACAACAUGAACAUGAACAACAUGAACAUGAACAACAUGAACAUGAACAACAUCAACAACAUGAACAACAUGAACAACAACUCGAACAAUACCAAUGCUACGCCGAAUCAAAAUGAAAAGGACCCCGAAGAAUCCCAAGCUGAUGACACUAUCCAAUUCGAAGAAACUCAAAUAGAAGAAACUAAAGUCGAAGACAAUGAACAACCUGAAGUUCAGACUGUUGAAAAAGCUCAAGUCCUCGAAGAGUCUCCAAUAAAAGACGAACCUAAGGACGAACCAAGUCAACCAACUGCCGAUGAAAGGGAAAGAUACAUUCAAAAAACAUUAUCACAAUUAUCACAUUCUUCUACCAACAAUUUGAUAAAGAACUCCAGACAAAACACCAUUAAAUCUAACAGAUUCCCUUCAUUCCCAAACAACUUGGCCAAUAAGAUUAAUGACAUUGAAGAUCAGUUGAAGGAUUUGAAGAUCAAAAGAAAUUCCAUGAGUGAAUUUGAACUUGAAAAGACUGAAAGAAGAAACUCUCUGUCAUCAGAAAGAUCAUUUGAUUCAGUUGAAAGUGAAAAAUUCAAUGUUUCAAGAAUUGAAGAAAAGUCUUUACCUUCCAUCAAACAGACCACCAAAGAAAAGAAAGUUAAACCACAAGAGAAAGAAAAUGUUUCUCCCGUCACACCACCUGUCAAAGAAGCCAAACCGAAGACCAAACGUAAGAAGCAAAAGAAUCUCACACCUAUGAAUUCGAUGAAUCCAUUGACUCCUAAUCAAAUGAGUCCUGGAUUGAGUCCUGGAUUGAGUCCAGGUAUGAGUCCUAGAAUUAGUCCCGGGAUGAAUCCUAUGAGUCCAAAUAUGAAUCCUAUGAACCCAGGGAUGAGCCCAGGAAUGCAUGGUAUGAAUAUGAUGAAUCCUAUGAUGAAUCAAAUGCCUAUCAAUCCUAUGAUGAUGAAUAUGAGUCCUCAAUUAAACCCUCAAAUGAAUUAUGGUUACAAUCCUAUGAUGAAUACUCCAGCCAAACAUACUAAUCUUGAUAAGGACACUGAAGAUAUGAUCGAAAGAUUCAAGAACCUUAGAUUAAUCAUCUCUAAGGGUAAUAAAUCCAUUGAAUAUCGUUACAAAUGGGUUUUAAUGUUGAUCAAUGCCGUCAAUCAUAAAUUGUACAACUAUAUCAAUAUCAAGGGUGAGAUGGUCAAUGAUAAUAUCAGUCAUAAUAAAUCUUUAUUCAUCAAAUCAUGCUAUCAACAUGUUUUAAAACUCAUCAGAGAUAUCACCAAAUCUUCUAAUAACGAAAUCAAUUCCGAAAUCUGUUUGCUUUAUGCUAACUUGUUAAGACACGCCUAUUUAAGAUUUGAUCAAACAUUCAACAUUGAAAUGAAUAUUCCCCAAGCAGUGAAAUAUUAUGAAAGAGCCAUUGAGUAUAAUAACCUCAACAGUAAGGUUUAUUAUAAUCUUGGAGAAUUAUUUGAAUAUGAAGAUGAAGAUAUUGAUCAAGCCAUCACCAAUUAUAAGCAUUCGGCCAAAUUAGGAUAUAAUAGAGCCAUAUAUAAAAUGGCAUUGAUGUAUCUUAAUAUCCCCAAAAUAAGGUCAGUGAAGUUCAUUAAAAUCUUGAAUGAUUUAUCUAACAUUGAUAUUUCAACCACAGAAUUAAUUGAUGAAGAUAAAGAAGAAUUGAAGGAUAUUAUUGGAUUAUCCAAUUAUGAGUUAGGUAAAGUGUAUGAAGGGAUUUAUCCGGGAGAUUUGACUAUCAAUGAUCAAUUCAUUAUCAAAUGUUUGGAAAUCGUUCCAGUGAAUUAUUCAAAAGCUUUAGGUUAUUAUAAUAAAUCAGCUAAAUUGAGUUGUAACUUAGCUCAAGUCAAAUUAGGUAAAGUAUACGAAUUUGGUCAAUUGAAUAGAAACAUGAACCCUAAUAAAUCCAUUCAAUGGUACUUAAGGUCAGUAAACCAUCCACUUUCUUUCAAAAGACAUCCGGAAUCGAUGAUUGGAUUAAGUAGAUGGUGUAUCAAAGGUACUGAAGGAUUAUCUAAACAUAUCCCCAAUGCAAAUCCUGAAAGAGCUGUCAAAUGGUGUUCUCGAGCCAUUAGAGAAUUCGGGACUCUGGAAAGUUACUUCCAAAUGGGUAAAUUAGCCGAAUUAGGAUUAUCACCUAAACCUUCAAAAUAUUGGUACACCAAGGCUGCUAAGUUAGGUCAUUUACAAGCCCAGGAACUCCUCAACCAGAGUUCUCAAGAGGGGUACCAACAAGGGUACCCUGAACAAGAAGGGCAUCCACAAAAAGGAUAUCAACAAGGGCACCCCCAACAAGGGUAUGAAGGAUCUCAACAGCCUCUUGAAGGAUCGCACCAACAAGGGUACGAAGGAUCUCAAGAAUGCAGUCCUUCACAAUCCCAAACUUCUUUCCAAUCAUCUCCACAACCUUAUAACCCACAGUAUCAACAAUACUGA